AAAACCAUAGAAGAAGAAGUAGAUGAAGCUUCAUUCAUGCUGCUUGAGCACCCAACAAACCGGCAGGUUUAACAACAUGGAUUUGCUGUGCGGUCCUCUGGGUUUGGGUGUAGUAGCAGGACUGGGCUGUGGCCUCUUCCUCGGCUGGCGCCUUCGUUCUCACUUUGGCCCGGCAUCCAAAAGCCUGAUUGCAGCCGUGGGAAACGGCACAGGGGAAGCAAGCGUGAUGGGAGAAGGAGGCGAGUUCAAGAUGAUCCUCGUGGUCCGAAAUGACCUGAAGAUGGGGAAAGGCAAGGUGGCUGCCCAGUGCUCCCACGCCGCUGUAUCAGCGUACAAACAGGUCCAGCGGAGGAACCCCGAGCUGCUCAAACAGUGGGAGUACUGCGGCCAGCCCAAGGUGGUGGUGAAAGCCCCGGAUGAGGACACUCUGAUUGAUCUGCUUGGUCACGCCAAAGAAGUGGGGCUUCCUGUCAGCCUGAUUCAGGACGCAGGGAGGACACAGAUCGCACCGGGAUCACGCACAGUGCUGGGUAUCGGACCAGGUCCUGCUGAUCUGAUCGACAAAGUCACAGGAGGCCUGAAGCUCUACUAGAGAUCCUGCCGUCUUCUGAAGGACUUGCAGUUUCUUAGGGCACACUCACACAAGGCAAUCCGUACCGCGUCUAAGAACGUUUGACCCCCAAAGUCCAGUUUGUUUGACUGAGUGCUCCAUAUACUUCAUUGGUCCUGGCUCGGUUGAAAGAGGUGGGUCUCUGCACAGCACAGGUACACAACCUGGACAUGACAAGCUAUCGAUCGCCGCCUUGUAUAUUUUAAGCGCCAUAUCUGACCCAAAACGACUCAAAAUAAAUCCAAAAAAAGUCAGUAAAGCUGCAGUCGUGUUUCUGUGUGCUCCGUUGUGUUGCCUCUGAGACCGCGCUCCUCCUAAACUAAAGGAUGUGUCAUGAUCACGCAUAGCCCCGAGUGUGUCGUACAAGAGGUAACCACCCUCAGGCAUGCUUGGGUCCUGGAGCUUUGUGAGUGCAGGCCAGCGAGAGACAGGGGAGGGGGUGGGGACAAUUGUUCUUCUGCACGGUAUGGGGGGUAACUCGGCCUAGUGUGAGUGCGCUCUUAUUUGUCAAAAACCUUACCACAGUUUAAUUAAAUAUGAGAUACCAGGAGUUUAUAUUUUUGUACAAUUGCCUCAAUGACAUCUUAGAAACUUAUGAGUGCAGUCUUUGGCUCUCGUGCCUCUCACUACAGUCAUCUGAAUUCGACCCUUGAAUAGAAGUAACAACAGACGAGUGAUUAUCAUUACGCUUUGGUAGAUCGGUGCAAAAAAACACCACCAAUACAGUUUGAGUGCUCAGAGCAGUGUGUCAUCACAUGAUGCUCAGAGGAAGCCGAAAUGGUUUUUGUGGUACUUUAGAGAUCUCACAGCACAGUUCCAUAAAUGAGACGUUUUUCCACAGUGGACAUUUGACGUCGGCUUUAACAACGGUUUAAAUCUGUUAAACCUGCAACGAGAAGUUUGGGACGAACUGUCCUUGUUUGUCAUUAAUAGUUCCUCUGUAUGAGCUACAACGAUACCAGCAGCUAGAAUAUUAAAUAAAUGUUUAUUCAGUUAUUUUUUUGCUCAUCGUUGUUGCUGGAAAAAAAAUAUUUAUGUCAAUAUCUUUUCCUUCUAAUGAGGUGACUGUUUCUGCUGUCCAACUCUGUUCUGGGCAGGAAAGUUCAACACAUCUUCAUUUAUGUUCUGACUCUUCUACUCAGCCGACUGGACUUUCUUUGGUGCACAUGAAUGCAUAAAGUCAAUAAAAUCAAACUUACUACUCAA